AUGAGUACUGAGAAUACAGGUGUGGUUGUGGGGUUCACUGCUGUGGUGGUUGUAGCUUCAUUUGUUGUUGACAAUGGUGUUGUUGGGGCAGCUUUUGCUGUUGUUGUAGUUUCUGAAAAUAUAAGAGUGGUUGUGGGGUUCACAGUUGUGGUAGUAGAAGCUUCAGUUGUCGAAGACAGUGGAGUUGUUGUUAGAGCAACAUUGUCUGUUGCUGGAGGUGCAGAGAAUACAGGCAUAGUUGUGGGGUUCCAGUCUGUGGUUGUUGAAGCUUCAGUAUUUGAAGACUGUGCUAUUGUUGUUAGAGCAGCAUUUGUUGCUGUUAAAGAUGCAGUUGUAGUUGAUGGUGUCUCUGUUGGAGCAGCAUUUUCUGUUGCUAUAGUGGUUGAGGAUGGUGUUGGAGCAGCAGUUGUUGUUCUAGGUGCAGUUACUGAAGAUAUAAGAGUGGUUGUGGGAGACACAGCUGGAGAAGCUUCAGUUGUCGAAGACAGUGCAACUUCAUCUGUUGCUGUAGAUGCAGAGAAUACAGACAUGGUUGUGGGGUUCAGAUCUGCAGUUGUUGAAACUUCAGUUGUUAAAGGUGUUGUUGUUGUUGUUGUUGUUGAAGCAGCAUUUGUUGCUGUUGAAGGUGCAGUUGUACUUGGUGAGGAUAUGAGUGUGGUUGUGGGGAUCACAUCUAUGGUUGUGGAAGCUUCAGUUUCUGUUGAUGGUGCUGUUGUUGUUGAAGCAGCAUUUGUUGCUGUUGAAAGUGCAGUUGUACUUGGUGAGGAUAUGAGUGUGGUUGUGGGGAUCACAUCUAUGGUUGUGGAAGCUUCAGUUUCUGUUGAUGGUGCUGUUGUUGAAGCAUCAUUUGUUGCUGUUGAAAGUGCAGUUGUACUUGCUGAGGAUAUAAGUGUGGUUGUGGGGAUCACAUCUAUGGUUGUGGAAGCCUCAGUUUCUGUUGAUGGUGCUGUUGUUGUUGAAGCAUCAUUUGUUGCUGUUGAAAGUGCAGUUGUACUUGCUGAGGAUAUAAGUCUGGUUGUGGGGAUCACAACUAUGGUUGUGGACGCUUCAGUUACUGUUGAUGGUGCUGUUGUUGUUGAAGCAUCAUUUGUUGCUGUUGAAAGUGCAGUUGUACUUGCUGAGGAUAUAAGUGUGGUUGUGGGGAUCACAUCUAUGGUUGUGGAAGCCUCAGUUUCUGUUGAUGGUGCUGUUGUUGUUGUACUUGGUGAGGAUAUGAGGGUGGUUGUGGGGAUCACAUCUAUGGUUGUGGAAGCUUCCGUUUCUGUUAAUGGUGCUGUUGUUGUUGUUGAAGCAGCAUUUCUUGCUGUUGAAGGUGCAGUUGUACUUGAUGAGGAUAUGAGUGUGGCUGUGGGGAUCACAUCUAUGGUUGUGGAAGCUUCAGUUUCUGUUGAUGGUGCUGUUGUUGAAGCAUCAUUUGUUGCUGUUGAAGGUGCAGUUGUACUUGAUGAGGAUACGAGUGUGGUUGUGGGGAUCACAUCUUUGGUUGUGGAAGCUUCAGUUUCUGUUGAUGGUGCUGUUGUUGUUGUACUUGGUGAGGAUAUGAGAGUGGUUGUGGGGAUCACAUCUAUGGUUUUGGAAGCUUCAGUUUCUGUUGAUGGUGCUGUUGUUGUUGAAGCAGCAUUUCUUGCUGUUGAAGGUGCAGUUGAACUGGAUGAGGAUAUGAGUGUGGUUCUGGGGAUCACAUCUAUGGUUGUGGAAGCUUCAGUUUCUGUUGAUGGUGCUGUUGUUGUACUUGGCGAGGAUAUGGGAGUGGUUGUGGGGAUCACAUCUGUGGUUGUGGAAGCUCCAGUUUCUGUUGUCAUUGAAGAUGACAUUGCUGUUUGACCUGUAGCUGUUGUUGAAGGUGCAUUUUCUGUAGAAGCCUCAGUUGUAGAUGCAAUUGAUAUUGAAUCAGUAGU